GGAUGGUGCACCCCGGCUGGGUCUGCCUGCUGCACAGCUCCCUCCUCCUGCUGGCCAGAGCGCGGCAGAGCCGCGGCCCCGCGGCCGCCUGCCCGCUGCGCCGCAAGCAAAGCGAGCUGAACUCCUUCCUGUGGACUAUCAAGAGAGAUCCCCCGUCUUACUUUUUCGGCACUAUCCAUGUCCCGUACACCCGCGUCUGGGAUUUCAUCCCCGAAAACUCCAAGAGGGCCUUCCAGCAGAGCCACAUCGUGUACUUUGAGCUGGACCUGACUGACCCCUAUACCAUCUCCGCCCUCACCAGCUGCCAGCUCCUGCCCCAGGGGGAGAACCUCCAGGACGUGCUGCCCCACGACAUCUACCACCGGCUCAAGCGGCACCUGGAGUACGUCAAGCUCAUGAUGCCACUGUGGAUGACCCCGGACCAGCGGGGCAAAGGGCUGUAUGCAGACUACCUCUUCAACGCCAUUGCUGGCAACUGGGAGCGGAAGAGGCCGGUAUGGGUGAUGCUGAUGGUGAACUCUCUGACUGAGGUGGACAUCAAGUCGCGAGGCGUGCCUGUCCUGGACCUGUACUUGGCCCAGGAAGCGGAGCGGCUGAGGAAGCAAACGGGUGCUGUGGAGAAGGUGGAGGAACAAUGCCACCCCCUGAAUGGGCUGAACUUCUCCCAGGUGAUCUUUGCUUUGAAUCAGACUCUCUUGCAGCAGGAGAGCCUCCGAGCAGGCAGUUUCCAGAUCCCCUAUACGACAGAGGACCUUAUCAAGCAUUACAACUGUGGGGACCUCAACUCCAUCAUCUUCAACCAUGACACUUCUCAAGUCCCAAAUUUCAUUAAUGCUACACUUCCACCCCAUGAACGUGUUACUGCCCAAGAGAUAGACAGCUACUUCCGUCAGGAGCUCAUCUACAAGCGAAAUGAGCGAAUGGGCAGGAGGGUGAAGGACCUGCUGGAAGAGUACCCAGACAAGAGCUUCUUCUUUGCAUUUGGAGCUGGUCACUUCAUGGGCAACAACACAGUGAUUGAUGUUUUGAGGAGAGAAGGGUACGAGGUAGAACACACUCCAGCUGGACAAGCCAUCAACAACGGGAAACCCCCCAAAACCUUGUCAGCCUUCUCAUCGACCUCACCAGCGCACAGCACCUACGUAGUCUCCCAGGAGCUCCCCCUGCCAUUGCAUCCGCAUAAGGAAGAGGAAGAGCUCCUGCCUCACCUGCUACUCCCUGACAGCAUUGACUUGCUGGAGAAGGUGGAGAGGAAGUACAAAAAGAAGAAGAAGAAGAAGCAGCAGAAGAAGCAAAGACUACGACAGUUUAAUGACCUCUGGGUUCGCAUUGAAGAAAGUACUACUGACCCUCCUCCCCGGAUCCGCAUCAUUAAUGGCUACAUCACGGUUGAACCCCAACCCUGGGGCCACGGACGCUUUAGUCACGCUCGCACAGACACCAGCAGCGCGCACCAGCUUUUGCAGUCUCUGAUCCUCUCACUACUGACUUUGGCUUUGCAUAUGUUAAGGCUGCAUUGAGACACAGGGGGAGUCAAGCUGCAGGGUUCUCAACUUAAAAAGCAAACAAGAAACUUGGGUGAAAAAAAUAAAAAUAGAAGACUCUGCAACUGGGACACCUCUUCUUUGGGGUGUUCUUAAACUGCCUCCUUUUCCUGAAUCUGGAUCAUUAGCACUAUUAACUGGUUUGACCUGCCCAAUACAGGAGAAGAUUUUUUAAUGAAAGUGUUAUUUAUCCUUCUCUUGCAGAAGAAUGAUUUCAUGUUAUCCCAUAAUGCUUUUGGGAAAUUUAUAAUGUCGCUAUAACAUAGCUAUUGUUUAGUUGUGUGAGCCCAACUAAAUUACAUAUUUUUUGCCUUCAGUGCCUUGUGUGAAGACUUACACACCACUAACUUGUUUAUUAGAACAUAAUAUUUUGGUCAUAGGAGCACAGCUGGGAGAAAGGUUGGUAUUUUAUGUCUCUACUAGUAAUGCUUCUAACUCUUGCCUUUUAGGGUUUCAGAUUAUGUAUUAAGAUUCACGACAACACCCACUACAGUAGAAUAAAGCAGUACCAGCC